AUGAAAAUCAACGAAAAAGUGCGAAUAAUUGGUCGAAAAUGCGAGCUCGUUCCGUACGAAGCCGCGCACGUGCCAAAAUACCAUAAAUGGAUGGAAGACGAGGAAAUUCGGCGGCUGACCGGAUCGGAGCCGUUAUCGCUGGAAGAAGAGUUCGAAAUGCAGAAGACGUGGCGGCAGGACGACGACAAACUCACUUUUGUCGUUUUGUGCCAUGAAAAUGAUGCGGAAACCCUAAAAUCAGAGGUUUUCAAUAAAAUUUGUGUAAAAAGUGACAUAAAUAAAAAUUUUAGGAGAAUCGAAUGGUCGGCGACGUGAAUCUGUUCAUAAACGAAGGGGAAGCAGAAGUGGAGGUGAUGAUUGCCGAGCCGAGUGGGCGAGGAAAAGGGAUCGGGCAGGAAGCCGUCCAAAUCAUCAUUUCCUAUGCUAUAAAUGUAGGUUUCGCUCAUUUUUCACACAGAAACCCUAUUAAAACACAAAGACCUUUCAGAAUCUUCAAAUUCGCAAAUUCUGCGUUAAAAUCACCGACGACAACGUGCCGAGUUUGUCGUUGUUCGAGAAGAAGCUGGAAUUCGUGCGCGUCAGUCACAGCCGCGCGUUUGGAGAGUACACUAUGGAGCUUCCCGAGGAAAAGAUCAACAAAUUUGCAGAUUAUCUGACGGAAAAUGCGCAAAUUUCCAGUUAUCCGCCGUAA